AUGAACCGAACGCUGGAGAUGUUGCAGAUCCGGCAUCGCGUUUCAUGGACUUGUCAAGAAGAGGGUGAGUGCCGGAAACGGCCCGGGGGGGAAAAGAGGGUUGCAGCGGCAACAACGCCGCCUGGGCCCGGCAUCAGGAGGAGGAGGCGCUCAGUGGCGUUCAGGGGUGUUCCUUACUGGGUGUUUGUUUACGCCGACCAGCUAGCCGAAAUCAACGUCAGCCAGCCAUCACCACCACCCUCCAAAUGGUAA